CUGCUGGAACCCCCCCCCCUCGGUUUCCUGUUGACGUCACUGCUAUUUCACUGCUGCAGUUUGUACAACUGUUGGAGCUUUUGAGUGUAAUCGGAGUGGAGCCGCUGCCCUCGGCUCGCAGGGUCCCUGCACUGUGGGCUGCAUCCAGCCGUGCAGCCCUGCUGCAAGCUGAGCGCCCUGAGCCCGCUCCUGCCUGCUGCUCUCCCCACCUCCUCACCCCCCCCAGUGCUCCCCGCUGCCGGGUGUGUGCCGUUUCUGUUCUUCAUUUCUGGGAAGCCAUGGACAAGAAGCAAGAUUCCAAGGGAUCCCUGGAGCCACACAAACCAGUGAAGGGCAAGAAGAAGCUGAGGAUAACAUGUCCUCCCAUCAAGCAGCCCCCUGUCAACACCACGCCACCAAGGAACCUGGACUCCAGAACCUUCAUCACCAUUGGAGACAAAAACUUUGAGGUGGAAGCUGAUGACCUGGUGACUAUUUCAGAGCUGGGCCGGGGGGCCUAUGGUGUGGUGGAGAAAGUGAGGCAUGCUCAGAGUGGCACCAUCAUGGCUGUGAAGAGGAUUCGUGCCACAGUGAACACUCAGGAGCAGAAGAGGCUGUUGAUGGACUUGGAUAUCUCCAUGAGGACAGUUGACUGCUUCUACACUGUCACUUUCUAUGGAGCCCUAUUCCGAGAGGGUGACGUGUGGAUCUGCAUGGAGCUCAUGGACACUUCCUUGGAUAAAUUCUACAAGAAAGUACUGGAGAAGAAGAAAACCAUCCCAGAAGACAUUCUGGGGAAAAUGGCUGUGUCUAUUGUACGAGCUCUGGAGCAUCUGCACAGUAAACUGUCCGUAAUCCACAGAGAUGUGAAACCUUCCAAUGUGCUCAUCAACAAGGAGGGACAUGUGAAAAUGUGUGACUUUGGGAUCAGUGGCUACUUGGUGGACUCGGUGGCAAAGACAAUGGAUGCUGGCUGCAAACCUUACAUGGCUCCAGAAAGAAUAAAUCCUGAGCUGAACCAGAAGGGCUACAACGUGAAGUCGGAUGUCUGGAGUCUGGGGAUCACAAUGAUCGAGUUGGCCAUCCUCCGCUUCCCCUACGAGUCCUGGGGCACCCCGUUCCAGCAGCUCAAGCAGGUGGUGGAGGAGCCCUCACCCCAGCUGCCUGCUGAGCGCUUCUCCAAGGAGUUUGUGGACUUCACGGCACAGUGUUUAAGGAAGAACCCUGCUGAGCGAAUGAACUAUUUAGAACUUAUGGAGCAUCCCUUCUUCACCCUACACGACACCAAAGAGACUGACAUGGCCUCCUUCGUGACAGAGAUCCUCGGGGAUGACUCUUAACUGGAGCCCCACUGUUCCGUGCAGUCCCCGCAGCGGAGCAGAUGCGGACUUGAAUUCGUGAUGGUUUGCACAAAUUGUGUUUCUCAGCCCCCGGACAGCUCUGGGCACAGCCCCAUCGCAGCCUCUUUUCUCUUUGCCUGAAAUCUUCGAGGAAGAGCCUUAGAAGCCAACACCUUCACCCCUUCAAAUGCUGGGGACACAGGGAGGGGAUGGUGCCCAACCUUGGCAUGGUCUGUGGGGAACUUCUGCCUUUCUUCCCCUUUGCUGCCUGGGGCCGGCAAAGAGAAAAUGCUGCUGUGCUUCUCCCCCCUCCUUAUCUGCCCCUAGCCCCUCCCCCAGCAUUUCACCUGGUGCUCUGCCUCAUGUUCCUGAGCAGCACUGCAGGAGGCUGCAGGGCUCCAUGGCUACACCGCUGUCCCCGCACAAAGCCAUCCUGAUGACAUCUGGGUGACCCUUCAACACCACCCCAGGCCUGACAUCCCCUUCACUGCGUCAUCUACUGCUCCCCUGCAGAGGAAUAAAAGCAUAUUUCCCCCCCCAGUUCACCCCACCAUGAGCAGCAGCCCCUGUUCUCCUGCUUCUUCCACGGACCUUCUCCUCUCUGCUCACCCUGGGGCUGCAUGACACUGGGGGAGGUGGGGACGGUGAGCAUCUACCACCACUCCUCAUAGUGCAGGAGGAUGCUGCCCCACCUCUCCAUCCUCUUCCCCCUUUGGGGCUCAUGUAAGACCUCACACUGUGACCCCAUCACCGCCUCCAGCUGUGGCCACAGCCACCAUCUCAGCCCCAACCCCCCACAGCCCAGUGCAGGGGCUGCUGCCAGUUGUACAUUUUGUGUCUAUAUAUAAUGGACUUUGUAACAUGUUUCCGGGUUUUACUGCACUUGCUAUAAAUUAAAGCCCUUCUGUGUGGGUGGGAGGAGGGAGAAGCGCUUCCUUCUCCCCUAAAGAAUCUGCUGUGAGCCCCGCUGUGUUCCAUCCGUGUGUGGGACCACAGACCGAAUGCACCGCUGUGGGUUUUUUAUUUUUAAUAGAUUGAGUUUUCAGAAGGAUUUUUUUUCCUUUUCUAAUAUAUUUGUGUGUGUGCGUGUGCUAUAUAUAUAUUAUAUAUUUUUAAAUCGGUGAUGAUGGUGUGAAUGUCUAUGUGAGCAGCAGUUCUGCUGCCGUGACCAGCAGUUUUCUGGCUAGAUUUGGGGUAGUGGCUGAGGUUUCUAGAAGACAAGCUGCCCUAAGAUUAUUUCUUUUUUUUUAAGAAGAAAUGCAUCUAUUUUUUAAUCGAAUCUUUAAAAAACAAACAAAAAAAAACCACCCCAAAAUAAUGACCCGACACACUUUUCCUGAACUUCCUGCCCUGGA